CAUCAAGAAUGCGCAAAGGGCGGAUGUUGCGUAAUCCCCUUACGAACGAUUUGUUAUUGAUGGCGACAUCAUGUGAAUUGGUAGUUUAGUCGAUUUAAUUAUUUCGUGUUUGCAGUUAAUGGUUUUGAAACAUUCCUGUCUGUAGUCGUUUAACAAGGACAUCGGGCACUGACGUCGAAUCAGAAAUUUAGCAUCAUGAAGAUCGGAAUCUUGUCCCUCUUGGUCAGAGCCUCUCUCCUUGCUGUGUCCGUCCUUGGGCAAACCACAGAUGUUGAAGAGCUUGCCAGGAAAAAUGCAGACUUUGCUACCCGGUUGUACAGCAAGAUUGCUAGCUCAAGUGAUGAAAAUGUAGCCAUUUCGACCCUUGGGACUACCUUGGCCUUAGCCACAUUAGCAGCCGGGGCUGGUGGGGCUACUCGCACUGAGCUGCUACAGGGUAUUAAUGUGGCCUCCAUGGAGAAAGAUGGAGAGCCAGAACGGAUUCAGACCCUACUGAAGGAGCUGAAGGAGAUCACUGCUCAAAUCCAGGCCACUGGCCUCUUCAUGAAGCAGGACGUCAAGGCAGAAGACGGCUUCAGCAAACAGGUUAAGCUGUUUUAUAAUGCAGAUGUUCAACAUGUGAAUUUUGCCAAUGAACAGCAGGCCAAAGGAAGCAUCAAUGAUUACGUAAGAAGCCGAACAGGGGAAAAGGUCAAAGAUGUGGUGGAGAACGUAGAUCCACAAAGCAUGGCGAUGUUCAUCAGUGCGGCUUUCUUCCCAGGUAAGUGGCUGCAACCCUUCAAUAAUACCUUCACUCAAGAGGAGCGUUUCUAUGUGAACAAGUAUAAGAUUGUGCAAGUGCCCAUGAUGCUCCAUUCGGGGAAAUACUACUUGGCCUAUGACCUAACAUUAAAGGUUGGCAUUCUGAAACUGCCCUGUGAGGAGGGCAAUGCCAUGCUUGUCCUUCUUCCAGAUGAAGAUGUGGACUACACCUACAUUGACGAAUCCAUGACUGGGGACGUGUUUCGUGGAUGGGUUGAAAAGCUGAAAAAGACGAAGCUGGAGAUUCAGUUGCCCAGAUUUACAUUGAAGCAGUCCAACUCACUAAGUAUAAGUCUGCCCAGCCUGGGCAUUAAAGAGAUCUUCGGGAAUACUGCAGAUCUCUCUGGAAUCAGCAGCAAUGAAGGCCUGAAACUGUCAGAGGUGGUACAGAAGGUCACUGUGGAGGUGGAUGAGACCGGAGGCUCAGUGGCCGAUGCCUCCGGCAAUCUCUUUAUGACCCCGCUUCCUCCUAGGCUCACUUUCAACCGACCCUUCAUUUUCGUCAUCUACCAUGAGGCCACAGAAUUCAUCCUCUACAUAGGACGUGUGGUCGACCCAACUAAGAACUAAUUAUGAACAAAGAAACUAUCAAUAGUUUACUUACAGUCUUAUUCCUACUCAUAGAUUAGCCUGUUGUUUUGCUUGAAUAACCAACUUAGAAUUUAGCAUUUGUGUAAUGUAACAGAAGAGUGUUUAAAAUGUUUAUAGUAAAACAAAAAUAUCAGUAGAAUAUAAUUACAAUACAAUGUCUGUAAUGAACUGUAAAUGUAUAGUGUUUUCUGAAAUGGUUGAUUAAGGCGAUUUACUGAUGGUGUGAUGAAGUGUUAACCACACAGUAUAAUGUUGCAUGUGACUAAAAACUUUUUUUGUCAUUGUUUUGUGCUUCUGGAGAUUUCCGCAUAGUAUUCUUAUUAGCACUUUAAAAGGCUGUUCAAAUGCAACUCAUUAAAGCAUGCCAUGUUCAA